GGUUCACUGUCUCUUGGACUUCUCUCUCUAUCUUUCUCUCUCUAAUAAAGUUGCAUUAUUAGACAAUGAUUAGCUAGAGAAAAACUUUUAAUUACUAUUCCUCUUUCUUGGGUUUUGUCUGCUUUUCCCAAAAGCUUGCUCAUUUCUGAAGUAUAGAUAACAGUGUACUUGAUUCUCUGUUUUCCUUUUGAUGGGUUUAAAAGAUUGAGCAGAAUUGGUAGAAGUUGAGAAGGCAAACUCUGAACUGCGAAGCUUUAGCUCCCAUCAUAUUCAUUCCCCAUUCUGCUAUUAUUUUGCGAGUACAGUCCAUAAAAGAACAAUUCUUGAUAAAUCUAUCUGCUCUCCUACUCUCUUGAUCUCAAGUUUCUAUUAUGAAGAGGUUCAGUUCCCCGGAAUCAUUUGCUGCUUUACUCUCCAUCUCUUCUUCAAAAGAGGAAAAGACUACUCAAAAAUCAAACCAAGUAUACAGUAGAGAGUUUCAAGCAAUGUUGGAUAGUCUAGAAGAAGAAGACUGCACCGAGGAAACUACUCUUACAACAACUGAAAAGAAAAGAAGGUUAAGCAUGGAUCAAGUUAAGGCCUUAGAGAAGAAUUUUGAAGUAGAAAACAAGCUUGAGCCAGAGAGAAAGAUCAGAUUAGCAGAAGAAUUAGGUCUGCAACCAAGACAAGUGGCUAUUUGGUUCCAAAACCGCCGCGCCCGCUGGAAGACUAAGCAAUUGGAGAGAGAAUAUGUGACCCUUAAGACCAAUUAUGAAGCACUAAAACUUGAUUACAAUAAUCUUGAAAGAGAUAAUGAAUCUCUAAAUCUACAGCUAAAGGAAUUGAAAGCUAAGAUGAGGGAAGGAAAUGCAGAGAGCAGUCAGUCUGUCAAAGAAGAGUGUCCUGUUUCAGAAUCAGAGAACAAUGCUUCAGUUCAGAGUCAGAGUCAUGAAUUCAGUGACAAUAACAAUUCUAAUGGUUCCUUUAAAGACAAUAUCAGUGAUUUGUCUUCACAUACAUUGAUGAAUUGGAUUCAGUUAUCUGAUUCAAGAGCUAUUUUGGGUAAUGGUUAUCAAGUAUAUCAACCUCAUCUUGUGAAACUAGAAGAGCAUCAUAGUUUGUUUAAUAUUGAAGAGUCGUGCAAUUUCUUAUCAGUUGAUCAAGCUCCCACCUUGCACUGGCACUUCACUGAGCAGUAGAAGUAUUGCAGACAUUAGAAAGGAAUAAGUUGGUUUUUGGAGAUGCUGUAAAUUGGAACGUCAAUUUGAUUCUUCCAUUGCAACAAAGGGCGGGAACUGUGAAGUUUACUAUUUACCUCUGGUGUAAAAAAAAAAAAAUCAUAAUUUAAACAAUCACCAGUCUGGUUCAAGUCAAUAUUUAAGGCAUUGUCUUCCAAAGACCAAUUAUAUAUUCAAGUAAUGUUUCUUAGCAAUUUAUUAGAUUAUGAAAAGAAUCAAUGCUUUACAUUA